GAUAAAUACACUGGCGAGAUCUCUACUCGCUUUGCGAUGAUUUUCUCCGUGGACGCUCACGGCUGGGCCGUUUACGGCGGACAAUUCGCUUAUUUAAGCAGCAUAGAGGGAGCAGCAUUCGGGCUUGAACAAUAGUUCUAAUCUUACUAGCUCGACACCAAAAUGACUAAAAAGCUUUGCUAUAACAAAGGUUGCGCCCAGAAUUUCGACGAAAAUGAGAAUAAAUACGAUGCAUGUCGUUACCACCCGGGCGUACCAGUAUUUCACGAUGUCUACAAAGGCUGGUCCUGUUGUAACAAAAAAACGAUCGAUUUCACAGAAUUUCUCAACAUCAAGGGAUGCUCCGUGGGCCCCCACAGCUCUGUCAAACCACCAGAGACGUCUAAACCGAAACAGAACCUACAUAUUGAUGUACCUGUUGCAAAGGGUAAUGCUGCAGGAGAUUGUGAAAGGGAGGUUCGGGCCCCCACGACGGCGAUGCCUCGACCGUCGAGUUCGGAAAAGAUGAUAAAGCUUCCGUUUAAAGUCAGCGAGGGCCUCAAACCACUGUUGGAGAAACUAAACGAGACUGCCGACCUGAAGAAAGAACGCAAUAUCGAAGUUGGACAGAUUCCUUUUGGCACACAGUGCAAGAAUUCCGGGUGUAAAACAACGUUUAUGGGUGACCACACCAACAACGAAACUUGCUACUAUCACGAAGGAGCACCAGUCUUUCAUGAAGGUAUGAAAUAUUGGAGUUGUUGCCAACGGAAGACAUCGGACUUUGCCGCAUUUCUUGAUCAGGAGGGCUGCAGCAGCGGUAAACAUGUGUGGUUCAAGCAGAAAAUUACGGAACAGGCGGUGACGUGCCGAUACGAUUGGCAUCAAACGGGAUCUGAUGUUGUCAUAUCGGUGUUUGCUAAAACAUCGAUCCCAGAUAAAUCUUUCGUUGAGCUCAAUCCAGUAAAGUGCAGAAUUCAUCUUGUUUUCGGUGCCGAACGCAAUGUUUUUGAGAAGACAAUCAUACUUGGAGGGAUUGUCGAUGUCGCCUCAUCGUCUGUGAACUUUUUCGGCUCUAAGGUCGAGAUCGCAAUGAAGAAAGCCGAAGCAGUUUCAUGGCAACAUCUCGUGUGGAACGGACCUUCUGAUACGCUUGCGGGCGAAGAAGAAAAAAAGGAGCUCACAAAAGAGAUGGAUAAUGUCAGCCUGGACGAUGUCGAAGUGCUCGUAAACCAGGAGGCUGUUGAAGAUGCCAAAAAGCGUUUGAAUAUGGACGGUGUCAAUAUGGGCGCUGGGGGAUCAGCUUGACAAUAACAUUAAACCGUGGGCAGAGGAAGUUUCGAUUCACGUUAUUUAUUUAAUGAUUGCUGCUGUGUGUCAAGCUUCGUCAAUAAUAAAUAUUUAGCUACGUAAAAGCAACGGUAGAAAACGUGUGCUAACGUUUACACUAAAACCGUAUUUAAGCGCGUCUUAGUUUCAACUUCAGUGGCUGAUUGCGAAGCGGGUUCGAAGGUGCGAAAUACACCACACAGGAGAUGACAUGCAGUUUCGAGAAGUCGUAUAGGCUUUUAAGCGAAGACUAACGUCGUUUAGGAUACGCGUUGUUCGGUAUGUUCCCUGAUGAUUGCUUAGGCUUAGUACUAAGUGUAUAGGAUUUAUACUGACGGGCUCAAAGCUCAUUUGAAUUUUUACUUUACGUGUAUUGAAGUACUAGGAGAGCAACAAUGAGAAGAACUUGUGAAUCAGUCAAGCCAGUUUUUCUCUCCUUUUUUUAUACGAAACAUGGAUAUAAUUCAAAACUUGAAUGGAAUAAUACCACAAAGCUGGUUAAUUCUUCAUAAUACAUAAGACAAAGAUCAAAACUAACAAUACAAGAAGUACCUGCAAAAUUUUCGUUUAUGAUUUGUAAAUAAAACUGUUGCUGUGAAAUACUAUGAAAAGAGAAUCCGCUAAAUUCGCUUAAUUUGUUUAAUUGACAGAUCCAUAUUUAAAUGAGUGAGUCCUACCAGCAAUGUCUUUAGAUAAUGAGCACAUUUCUUGCUGUAAUGCACAUUUUAACCUUCAAAUUUAACAUUUAAAAGGAAUAUUCUUUUUGUUAAUCGAUGUACUUAAUUCUUCGGCUCAGUAUCGUCUGAUUAUCUAGGAUUGGUGAAUUAUAGUUAUUAAAUUAAAGACAAUGUGACACUGAAACCUAAACGUGUCACCAAUGUCGUUAUGUUAGGCAAAUCCUUACGGGUUUAAGAUUGAACAAGGAAAUCGCGUCUAAGCAAAAAAGAGAGCAUCGUCUAUUGUGUUAUUCGCGCAAUAGUUGAUUGUAAUUAUAUUACAAUGCUCGUAAUUUAUCACGACA